AUGAAACUUAAUAGUUCCAAAGAGAAUGAAUAUUUUCAUUAAAUAGCUGCUCAUAGACUAAUAAAGUAUUAUGAAAAAUCAAUUUCCUAAUAAGCUAAACAAAUGGAUAUGGUUAUGAUCAAUGAAAAAUGCCUAAAAGAUUAGGAUAUUAUAAAUUUAUCAUUAUAAAAUCAAAUACGAUUUUCUAAAACAGCAUUUAUUUGCGAAGUAUGCUAAAAUGAAUAAAAUCUUUAAGCACUGAUUAAGAAAAACUUAUGA